GCGCGGUUGUCUUGGAGAGGGACGCAAAGGCUCUGCCUCAACAGGCGGGUGGAAGCGGAAAAGACCUCUGAUUCAGUCAUCCCCAGGGUGAGCCCCAGAGUCUUGUAUUGUCUUCCCGCCCCGACGAGGGUCCCAGAGGCACCAGCAUGUCUGGCGAGUCGAGCGCGCCGGGAGGUUCACCCAGGACCCCUCGUCCUGGGACCCAAAAGACGUCCGGAUCAGUGACCAAGAAAGGGGAGCGCUCGGUCAAGGAGAAGCCGCCGACCGUCCUGCCGCCGGUGGGCGAGGAGGAACCCAAAAACCCUGAGGAGUACCAGUGUACUGGGGUCCUGGAGACUGACUUCGCCGAGCUCUGCACGAGACUGGGCUAUACAGACUUCCCCAAGGUUGUCACCCGGCCCCGCCCCCACCCGAUCUUCGUCUCCUCGGCCUCCAUGUCAGAAAAACCCACCCCAGAUGAUCAGCGACUGUCGGCGUCCUGUAGCCUCAACAGCCUGGAGAGCAAGUACGUGUUCUUCCGGCCUACUAUCCAGGUGGAGCUGGAGCAGGACGACAGCAAGGCGGUGAAGGAAAUCUACAUCCGCGGUGAGCCCCGGGUCCGCUGCUCCCUGGCGACCCCUGCCCUCCCAGGCCUGAGGCACCUCCUCCUCUCCCUUGCAGGUUGGAGGGUUGAGGAUCGGAUUCUUGGUAUCUUCUCCAAAUGUCUGCCCUCCCUCAGCCAGCUGCAGGCCAUCAACUUUUGGAAGGUGGGGCUGACGGAUAAGACCCUGACCACCUUCAUCGCCCUCCUGCCUCUCUGUUCAUCCACACUCAGGAAAGUGUCUCUGGAGGGAAAUCCACUGCCAAAGCAGUCAUAUCACAAGCUCAUGGCACCGGACAGCACGAUAGCUCACCUGUCUCUGCGGAACAACAACAUUGACGAUCACGGAGCACAGCUCCUGGGCCAGGCGCUGUCCACGCUGCACAGCUGCAACAGGACCCUCGUCUCACUGAACCUGGGCUUCAACCACAUCGGGGACGAGGGCGCGGGCUACAUCGCAGACGGGCUCCGUCUGAACCGCUCCUUGCUCUGGCUCUCCCUGGCUCACAACCGCAUCCAGGACAAAGGCGCCCUGAAGCUGGCCGAGGUCCUGCGCCCCUUCGAGCUGACACACACGGAGGUGGUGGAGCGCCGGCGCCUCCUGCUGGAGAAAGGGUCGCAGGAGCGGUCGCGGUCGCCCUCCUCCUCUCGACAUGGGGACUUCAAAAUGGAUCGGGACAAGUCUCAGAUGCUGGGGAUGAGCACGGCUGCACUGGCGGACAAGCCAGACAAGAUGCAGACAAUGAAAGCCCCAAAGGGCCUGAGCAAGAAAAAGGAGAAGCCAGGGGAAGUGGUCAAGAAGGAGGAGAAGUCAGGGUCUGGACAGUCGCCCACACAAGGAACCCCUAAGAAAGAAGACACUGCAAAGUCAAGCAAGGGGAAGGUAACCAUCCCUGAGCAGAAGCAAAGCAAGGGAAAAGGGACCAAGAUGGGGAGCAAAGAGAAGCGCAGCAUCCUUCUGGAGUCUGAGCAGCUGGUUGCUGAAACUACUGAGAUGAUCAACCCUCUCCUGGAGCCCGUCGAGCACCGGGAUGGGAAGGUUUUCAUGCCUGGGAACAAGGUCCUUUUGCACCUCAACCUCCUCCGAAACCGCAUCACAGAGGUGGGGCUGGAGGCCUUCCUCACUGCAGUGCAGUACCAGGUGCAGUUCAAGUCGAAGGGCGUGUCCAAGGGUCCAGUGGGGCUGCUGUGGCUGUCUCUGGCGAAAAACUGCUUUGACCCACAAUGUCCCAUGUACACCACGAUCCAGGAGCUGAUGCUGCCAAGGGACCCCAUCAAGACCAAGCUCAGAGAGGAAGAGGCCAUGGCUUUCCCUAUCUAGCCCCCUUCCGCCAUCUUCUCUGAGACUGAGGUGCCACAGAAGCACCUCCUGGUCCCGUGUGGACUAACCUCUCCAGGGGAGAUAUUAGAUCAAUAACAAAAUCUAUUGCUGUACUUUUGAGAUCUUAAACUUUGUUCUAGAAAUAUUUAGAACAUUUGAACUCUGAGAGUCUGUUCAUGUUACAAGGCCAGAAAUGGCAGAAUAGUGAUGGUCUGGGUCACUCUGCAGUUCUGCUAGGAAUAUCUUAGUCCCUCUGACAUCAGCCAGCCAAGGGAGUCACUCCUCUGCCUCCUGUGGGCUAGGUUUUACAAAUCUAAGCAAACCACUCCCUCUGCCACAUUCCCCAGAAGAGAUGUACUUUGCUAGGGAUUGCAUUCAGCCUUUGGUCCCGCAGGCAAAGACUUGCGCUUGGUUACUGACAUGUACAAACUGUGGAAAAGGGAGGAGUAGAUAGGUAGGGUAGAGGACCUCAGCAUGGCCAGUCCCCUAGCAUAUUCCCUUCUGUUUUUCCUACCUGACUGGCCCAGGUGUUUGGUUUGGAAGAGACCGGAGCACAGCUUAAGAAAAUGCAAAGUCAUGGCAAGCUACUUGGGACAGAUUGCGGAGUAUAUUAACACUUAUAUAGUAAAGGCAUUAAGCAUGAUAGUCAGCAACUGAAAUCAGAGACAUCCAGAUAGCAUUGAGGGUCCUGAAGUGGCCCAGCACUGCCCGAGUGCUAACUCCACUGAAAAUAAACAUGCCUACAACACAGGACUGGUUUCGGGGAGCCCACUUCCAAUCUACAUGGAGUCUUCAGAGAAGGUGCAGAGGUACCAGUCUCCCUCACCUGAGCAGACUGCACCUGCUCCACAUCCCCUCAGCCUCUACUUCCCUCACUACUUUGCCUCUGUUUACCCCAAACUGCCCUGUCCUGCCUAGUGUGUGGCCUUUGCUCUCACAGGCCCCUGGCCUGUGAGCACUUACAGCCCUCAUGGUCUGUUGGCCUCCAAUGCUCUGAAUGAACCCAGGGGUGCUCUAUCACUGAGCUCCAUACUUUAUUUUCUUAUUUUGAGACAGGGUUUAAGUUUGCCCAGGCUGGCCUUGAUCCUCCUGCUUCAGUCUCUCAAGUUGCUGGGAUUCCAGGUGUGAGCUACAGUGCCCAGCUGCGUUUAGCAUGUUUUUGCAUUUUUUGGUGUGGGGUGUAUAACUUAGCUUGCCCAGUCCCUGUUCAGGGAAUAGGCACCUGAAGCUCUGGGAGAGAACAUGGCAAGACCUGGAUCUGGAGGUAUGGUAUCAGGGGCUUCCUACAGUUCCCUCUACCCAACCCUGACCAGUCUCACAGGGAA